CCAAAUUGUUAAAAGUAACAAGAUCAGGCUGGACAUUAAACUGUAUAGUCCGGGUAUCGGAGUUAGCCGAGCCACUAGCCAAGGCUGAGCUUCCAGAAGCCUCGAGCGAUCUGUCAGCUAACUAAACAACACUCUCAGCCUCGCCUUCAUUACGACUUCGCCGCUACCUACAACGACAUCACUGUAUAUACUCUAUACUCCAGUACUCUAUAAUCAUGGCCUCCUCAUCACGUUCGGAAUCAGAAGAAGCCAGCUUCACAACAAUGGACGAAAAGGACCCAACACUCAUUGGCGCACAUUGCCAAUACGCCUACUGCAACCAACUCGAUUUCCUACCCUUCCGGUGCGAAUCAUGCCGUGGCACAUUCUGUCUCGAUCACCGGUCAGAAAGCGGACAUCAUUGCCCCAAAGCAGGAGAAUGGGCAGCGAAGAGGCGGCGAGCGAACAUAUCCACACCAUCACUCGGGGCAGGCAAAUCCAUGGCAGAAGUUGAGAAGCCUUGCGCCUCACCAACUUGCAAAACAAUAAUCGGCACAAGUCUGUCGACCUCGGUACAUUGUUCCACAUGUAAUCGCGACUACUGUCUCAAGCAUCGAUUAAAAGAAGACCACGACUGCAAGAACCUCAUCCCAAUUGGCGCACGAGUCGGCAGAUUCGAUUCCCAAGCCGACACAGCAAAGAAUGCCCUCGGGAGACUGAAAGCCUGGGGCUCCGCACAGAAAGCUAAAGCGACCAGUGGAGCGACUCGAGUCCUUCCAAAGCCGAAACCUACAUCUGCAGCUGCACGAGUGAUAGCUGUCAAUAAUCUCAAGAAAACUGCGAAAGGCGACGACAAACUGCCGCCCGAGAAACGGAUAUAUCUUUAUGUUGAAGCGGAGGCUGCUACGAUUACUUCGAAGUUUCCAAGUGGUGCAUUCUAUUACUCCAAGGAUUGGGUUAUGGGACGGGUCCUGGAUGCGGCGGCGAAGAGUCUGCAGGUCCAGAAUGUCAAUAACCAGGGGACAGACGAGAAGGAUAAGCUGAGGAUAUUUCAUGUGGAGGGGGGACGAUUGCUAGAAUUCAACGAGAAAGUCGGGUCGGCUCUGGUCAGUGGAAACAAGAUUGUUCUGCUGAGGGGAGUUGGGCCAGCGGUCCCGGAUCUUAUAGAUUUGACGAAUGCUUGAGUCGUAGUCUACUGUUGCAUUUGCUGGGCGUUGGAUACUUGGGAGCGUAGCAUGGGAGAUACAUAUGGCGUUGGCGAUAUGAUACCUGGUCUUGGAAAUGAGCAGAUUUGCGGAUUCAAAGGUCUA